AGCGCCGUGUCGCAUGUGUGGCUGCCGCCGGUCGUGCCGUCGACGCACCCGCUGCCGUGCUGCGAGAAGUGUGCGACGUCCGACGCGGCCAAGACGAACGCCGCGACGCUGACGUCGGAAAACAACACGGCGUACCCGAGCGGGCCGUAUUUGUGCCACUUUUGCGACACGUUCAUGCUCCUGCGCCGCAUCGGCGAGCUGCCACCGCGCCCGAUCCCGCGCACGACGCGCAGCGUCGCCAAGGCCAAGGCCGACGCACCGUACCUCGAAGAAUGGAUCCUUUAG